AUGCCUGCUCUUCUUCGGCGCGCAGAGUCCACCACCUGUGUUCUCGCUCUCCGCAGCCCCAACAAACGCGGCUUUGGAGCGCUUGAUGACAUGCGAAAGCCGCCGACCCUUCGCCGGGUGGCGUCGCUCGACGCUUUCGAGCGCCACGUUAUAAUUCGCCUUUCCCGCACGCCUGAGGGCAGCCCCUCGCCGUACCCGCCGUCGGCCCCGUCGCUGCGCGCUCAAACGAUGACGACCAUGCCGCCGCCGAUGAGCCUGCCGCCGCCGCUCGCGUGCCCUCUGCCAACCGCACCACGGCUCAGCCCGACGCUCAACACUCGGCUCCCUGCCUCCCUGGCACUACCUCCGCCGAUGUUGCGCGACCGACAGCCGCUGGUGCCGCUCGCGGUGCUGUGA